GUUGGCCGGGUUGGUAUGAAGUGAAAGUGAAAGCUAUACCGUCUUAUCAAGUAUGGCGCCAGAGCAGCAACAAGCGAUUUCUGUCGAUUAAUAAUCAUGGGUAUGGUACUAAAUAUCCUCAUCUACUUUUAUCUCUUUGCAGGACUCCACUGUAUCCAGCAGAUGUCAUGGCUACCCUGCCAAUUUGUUGAUCAUGUUUUUUUUAAUUCGGGGAAUGCCACUGAGGUACAGGUCCACAACAGAGCUGUUGUGGUGCAGUUUGGUAACGCUGGGGACACGUCGGUUAAUCCCCACGCAAUCACUUUCCUGGUCUCUGGUUCAAGGGUGGAUCUGAGGAGAUAUUUGGAUGCGGUUGCUGCAGACCAACUGGACUGUGAACUGCAGAGGUACAAAGCAGAGGACAAUGAGAUGCGCUGGCCUGGCCAUGGGGCCCAUAAGCAUGACUGUUGGUUCACCUGCACCUUCAGACACACGGAGGACCUGUUCACUGUCACCAGCCUUCUUAGACAGGGACAGGAGGACUGCCAUAGCAGGGCUGCUAUUGGGGACAGAGACACCAUCGUCACCACAGUGGCCAUGGUCCUCCAAACACAGUCCCCAUCAUUAAUUGCGAGACUGGGGUCCGACCAAAAGCUCCACUGUGAGUUUGCUGUUGACCACAAGAAACCACACUUCACCGUGGACUGGCAUUCCCGAGAGCACGGACAUCGCACCAGAUUAUUCAGCCAUGACAGCCGUACUGGGCAGACGCUCGGGAGGGGGGUUGGGCUGAGGAGCCUGGCAAAGGGAGACGCGUCCUUCUCUCUCCCCAUUGUCAAGAUAGGCCACGAGGGCCUAUAUGUGUGCUCUGUUUCUGUGCCUCCGCUAUCCAUCAGUCAGGAUAUAACUCUGCAUAUCCAAGAAUCUCCCCGCGUCUCCCUCAAUGUUGGCUCCACUCUGACGCUGCAGGAGGCCGGUGAGCAGAAGGUUGUGUGCACGGCCGAGGGCUACUACCCACUGGAUGUGGACAUCAAGUGGUACCAGCAGGAGGAGCCAGGGGCAUCGGGCCAGCGAGUUGGCGGUCCCCUUCCCAGGAGGCUCCAAAAUAUUCUCCUCUCCAGUCACAGAAACAACCAUGGGGGUACUUACUCCCUCUCGGCUUUCUUCUACCUCAAACCUUCGCUUAGCGACUCGGGGAGUCAGUUUACCUGCAAGGUGUCCCAUGCCUCGCUUCGUAUGCCUAUCCAGAAGAGCUUCGUCCUUACUGUGCACGAACCCAGCAGCUGGAUGUUGGCUGCGUUGGCUGUGCUGCUGUUGGUCCUCGGCUGUGGUUUCGUGCUGCUGCGUCUGUACUCAGCUCGGCGACGGUCACAUGAGAAGCCCUACUGAGUGGCCUAUACCAGCAGAUAAAAAAGGCAACAGAGCCCAGCUUUCUUAUUUUCUUCUCUCUGCCUAAAUAGUUGGUAUUUCCAGGGGACUGGGUUUCUGUGAACUUAUAGUUUCUUGUUUCCGUGAUGUUUGCCUGGCAUUUACUUUUCAGUGGCUCACACAUGUUCUUGGCGGUAGAGGAACUGAACGGGUUCAGUGCCCUUAACAGAAGAUGCACUCCAGGAAUGUGCAAAUAAAUGAAUGAAUCAAUGUGA